UGAGCAGAGCUGGGUGAUAAUAUAGUUUACAUUUUGCAAAACUGCUGAGAUACACUCACUCUACACGAGUAUACUGUAUGUGGAUAAAGUUAGACGUAUUGGCAUUGAUGGUUCCAUGAAACACCCACAGAACAUUUCCAUUCCACAAAAGGAAUAUGGGUGAAAAAGAGAAGGGCUGUCUGCAGGAGAUCGGUUUUGAGGAAUUCGUAACUGUCCUGUCCUUCUUCAGACCACCAAAACCACACACUGCAGACGAGGAGAUGAAAAACAUCAAGAAGGAGAAACUACGCUUUCUAUUCAACAUGCAUGACACUGACAAUGACGGCAUCAUCACGCUGGACGAAUACAGACGUGUGGUGGAGGAGCUGCUGUCCAGCUAUGAAAUCAUGGGAGCAGAAACUGCCAAAGCUAUUACAGAUGCUGCAAUGCUGGAGGUGGCGAGUGUCACUGUGGGUCAGAUGGGUCCUGAUGAAUUUUACGAGGGAAUCACCUUUGAACAGUUCAUGCAGAUAUUGAAAGAUGUAGAGAUCGAGACCAAGAUGAAUAUUCACUUUUGGAACUUGGACACCAGGACAGUGCAAUGUGGGAAAUGAGAGUCAUUUCUGCUUCACAGCAGUACUUUAUAUUCAGACUCGUAGUAUUGAGUUAACCUUCUCUGAAAUAUCUCCAAUGAUCAAGAUAUGGACGUGUCUACAAGUGAACAUGAUUACAUUUCAGAGUCCAAACCAAACGUGCCAAGUAUAUUUGGAAGACAUUUAUGAACCCUGUGAGGCCUAGUUAUUUCAUGACUUUGUGUUGACAUACGUAUAACAUAAAGCAUUUUGAUUCAUACACACUUUCAGAUACCAUGUAUACUAGAGUCGUGUGAUGGUAAAUUUCCCUUCCGAGCUAAGUGCUGAUUUUAUUUGGAGGAAGUCUAUAUUAAAAUUUAUUACAGGGUAUGUAAAGUUUUUCAGCAUUUAUUAAAGUAUGAUUUUUUUUUAUUAUUAUUGUCAGUUGAAACUCUUUCCACUCUGACUGUCUUACUGCCUUUUUUUUAUAUUGAAACUAAU